GGCACCUCCCCUUUGAACUGCUCCGGGAACUCAGUGCUCUCGCGCACGCCUCUGGUUCAGCUUCUCCCGCCCUCCCAGAUCAAAACCGAGAAGCGAAACUGCGUUGGAUUCCAUGCAGCAGGAACCGGCACCCGCCCUAUCUCCGGGGCCCCCGCAGAACCCCGCACUGCCCCAGGCCCCCACCAUGCCGCCCCCGGAGCCCCCCUCCGAAGGACACCAGCCCAGCCCCAGCCCCAGCCCCAUAGAGCAAGCCAUGGAAGAAGAGUUCCAGUUCUUGCGCUGCCAGGGCUGCCGGAAGGAAGCCAAAUGCCCCAAGCUGCUACCUUGUCUGCACACGCUGUGUUCAGGAUGCCUGCCGGAGCCGGGCUUGCAGUGCCCCAUCUGCCAGGCACCCUGGCCCCAAGGCGCUGACACGCAGGCCCUGGAUAACGUCUUCUUCGAGAGCCUGCAGCGGCGCCUGUCCGUGUACCGGCAGAUCGUGGAUUCACAGGCGCUUUGCACUCGCUGCAAAGAGCCAGCCAACUACUGGUGCUUUGAGUGCGAGCAGCUCCUCUGCGCCAAGUGUGUCGAGGCGCAUCAGUGGUUCCUCAAGCACGAGGCCAGGCCACUGGCCGAGCUCCGCAGCCAGUCAGUUGGCGAGUUCCUGGACUGCACACGCAAGUCCAACAACAUCUUCUGCUCCAACCCCAACCACCGCAGCCCUGCGCUGACUAGCAUCUACUGCCGAGGCUGUUCCAAGCCGCUGUGCUGUUCCUGCGCACUCCUGGAUACCAGCCACAGCGAGCUUAAGUGUGACAUUGGCAUGGAGAUCCAGCAGCGGCAGGAGGAGCUGGACACCAUGACGCAGGCGCUGCAGCAGCAAGAUCACGCUUUUGGUGCGGCGCAAGCGCAGAUGCGCUCGGCUGUCAGCCAGCUGGGCCGCGUGCGCACCGACACCGAGGAGCUGAUCCACGCGCGUGUGCGCCAGGUAGUAGCGCACGUGCUGGCUCAGGAGCAGGAGCUGCUGGAAGGGGUGAAAGCGCGGUAUCAGCGCGACUACGAAGAGAUAGCAAGCCAGCUGAGCCGCCUGGACGCUGUGCUGCAGCGCAUCCGCGUGGGCAGCGCCCUUGUGCAGAGGAUGAAGCGCUAUGCCUCGGACCAGGAGGUGCUGGACAUGCACAGCUUCCUGCGCCAGGCGCUCCACAGCCUGAGCCAGGAGGAGCCCCAGAAGCUGAAAGCCGCCGUGCGCACCGACAGCUUCGACGAAUUCAAGGUGCGCCUGCAGGACCUCGUCUCUUGCAUCACCCAGGGCACAGAUGCAGCUGUAUCCAGGACAGCCAGCCCGGAGGCCACCAGCAUGCCCAGAGACACUUCUGAUGUUGAUCUGGAGAGCUCCAGCACAGCCACACCACAGAAGAGGAAGUCCUGCCAAACUGAGGCCCCAAGGAAGGUCAUCAAGAUGGAGUCAGAAGUGGAGGAGGAGAGGGCUCGGAACUCCCCCGAGCAGCCCAGGCCCAGCACCUCUAAGGCAGUCUCGCCACCCCACCUGGACGGGCCCCUCAGCCCCAAGAGCCCCACCAUAGGAAAUGACCUCUUCUGGCCUGACAGCAACCACGUGACCGGCAACAACCCCGGGGAGGCAGAGGAGCGCGUCGUGGUGAUCAGCAGCUCAGAAGACUCAGAUGCUGAAAACUCGUGUGCGGAGCCCAUGGAGAUCAACGCACCUUCCUCCUCGCCAACCCACCCCUCGCCAAGAGCUCGCCAUGCGUCCCGCCCCUGCCAGGCCUUCCGUCCGCCCCGUGGUACAUGCCGCCUCCAAGCUUGGCCUCCCGACCAUCCGGAGCAAGCCGCCAACCCCAACGCUGAGUGUCCCAGCCAGCCCGCCAGUCUCCAGGAACAAGCUGCCGGCCCCCCGGGUGUCCGCCUCCUGUCACGCGGAGCACUGAGAAUCCCACGCCUUCGCCACAUCCUGCGUCUGCCCCUCAAAGUGUGUCGUGGCAUCACGUGGACUUGUCCUCCUGCCAUGGUCCAAGCCACCACCCCUGCCACCACCACGCCUCCCAGCCAUCCUGCCAAUCCCCAGGAGUGUCCCACCCACCUCCAAAGGGUUAACGGCCAACCCUUCCGGGUGCGAGGGGCAGCUCGAUCCCGCGGCCGCUCCCUCCGGGGCUCCCCGCAUGUGGCCCAGUGGCUCCACAGCUUCUUUGCCCUUCCUCUCUCCUCUGUGCCUCCCCAGCUUGAUGCCUCUGCCAGGGGGGACCUGGGGGGAGGCAGAGGAGCACCCCUGACUCUUGGGGCAAGAAUCUCCCCUGGGGAUUCUGGCAGGGCCCCCAUGGAGAAUCUCCAAGUCCAGGUCCCACUGGAAGGCCCUCCAGAUGCAUUUCCACCACCCCAUCCUCCAGAGAGACCUCCCACCAGCAUGAGCACCCCGCAGACAAGCCUCUAAGAGCCCCACGUGCCCUCCUACUCCACAGCCCUAACCCUGAGCACCUUCCUCUUGUAACCUUGUGGCCAGCACCCACCCCGCCGCCCGGCCCUGCACACAGUAGGCGCGCACUGCAUCUUGUCAGGGAAUGAAGAGCUACGUGGACCUCAGGGCAAAGAGACCAAGUCCUUCCCAGCCAGGGGGCCAUGACUGAUGGGGCCAUUGCUCUCUACAUCCUCCAGCCUCUUUUCCCCAAACAAGAAAGCUUCUCUCCCCCUUUGCACCUCCCACUGCCCCAUUCCCCCACCCCAAGCCUUCCCUCGGGGCCUCUGCCGGGAUGUGAGCCCACAAGUGCAAGGACUCUGCUGCUCCCAGGCCCUGGCAGGUGUGGCUACUCAAUAAAUACCUGUUGAACCAUCACCCUUGCAAACCCUUCUUCCAUGACCAUCAGAUUCCCUGCUGGGCUUAGCUUUUCCUUUGUCUCCUGCCCGCACUGAAACCUGGCUCACCUGGGGGGCUACUGUGUCCCUCUUUCCCCCACACUCUGUGAGCAUCAGAGGUGGGAGGUGGGGUUCAGGCCCUCUGCCUCCUGGACUGUUUCCGUCCCACCUUCUGGCAAGAUCCCCUCUGCCUUUGUGGUUCCAGCUCUCUAGGUGAACCCCACUUCCCCCAGCUCAUCUCGGUCAUCUUCUUGCCUCCCCCAGGCAUCUCCUGCCUCCUACGUUUCCUCUCCCCACCCAGGUGCACCCUUCUUCCUGGGUGACUUCAGCAUCCCCCACUCUGGCCUCACCUCGACCUUUCAGGGAUCCCCACCCCAUUCCCCUGCAGCCACAUCCCCCUUCUCUCUCUGGACCUCACCCUUACCGAGAACUGGGAAUCUCUAAACCAGCCCACUCACACUCUGACCACAGCCUCCUGGUCCUUGAGCUCUCAGUUGUCUCUCAGGCCUCUGCUCUCCCUUCCGGCUCCCUCUGCCCUUAACUUCCCGCCCACCAGCCAGCAAAGUCCAGUGUUUCAGCCAAUCUUUCACCAGGAUCUCCGGAGCCCUGCCCACCUUGGCCUCCGGUAGGCUGCCCUCCAAAGACAGCCCUGGAAGGAUUCAGAGUGGCGUUCCUGCUCAGCUCUGCCACCUGGAGGCCAACUUCUGUUGGUGAGAAGUCCAGGCAAGUGAAAGCUGCAGGGACUGUCUCCAGGGCUCCCUGGCACUCCAGCCUCAGCGCUCACCUGGCCCCACACCCCCACAGCUACUUGUGAGCCGCCACUCCCCUAGCCCUGCUCCCUCAUCCCCACCCUAGCUUUCAGCAGGUGACUGAACCUUCUGCCCUAGGAGAACAGAUGGGACAGGUGGCAUGGGAGCAGCCCACAUCUUGCAUCACUGAUGGCAGAUUGACCCCAUCACGUCCUUCCUCCGUCCCUCCUGGUAGGAUGGUGGAGAGGGCCACCCAACUCUGGGACUCACUCCCCUUCUUCGGGGCCCCAGCCCUCCCACCUCCCUGGGAGCCUCGAUCCAUCUCCCAUCCUCAUCUGCAUCUUCAAACACUCCCAGAGCUACCUGAAGAAAGCCUUGCCCAUCUUGCCCCCACCCCCAUCCCCCUCCCUGCAUUCCCCUUCAGCCUUCACCCCCCACCCACCCCAGGCGCUCCCUCCCCACCAUGCCUGAGCCCUGCCACCAGCACCAGGGUGACCUCCAUGCUCCAGGUCCACCAGUCACCUUUAGUCCUAAAUCCCCCCGAAAGACUCUGCUUUCCUUGGGCUCAGGAGGUUCCCCUGCAGCUUUGGCUGCUCCUCCUCACUCCCCUUUCAGGUCUCUCUGUCCUUUUCAGUGUUGUUUUUCCAGCUUAGGUUCUAGGCUCUCUUUUUAGUCUGUGCACGCUGACCCUGGCCUCGGCUGCAUCCACAGCCACUACGGGCUCCUGCCCGCCAGGCCAGUAGAGCCGCUGGCCUGCCAAUAUCUGCACUCAGAUACCCCACAGAAUCCUCAGACUCCCUUCCUCUCCUCUCAGCAAAUCACCAUCUGCGGGGUCACAGAGGCUGAGGCCCCAGAGCGGCCCAGGCCCACCUCCCCCUUUUUUGUUAUUUCUCCCAGCCAGUCACCUGUUGAGUCUUGUCUUUCUUUCCAUGUUCUAAAUUCCUCUGAAAUCUGGGCACUUCUUUCAUCCCAUAAUCUUGAUAAAAUUAAAGCAAAACUGACACUGGGUGGAGACAGAAGACCAGGAAGGAAAGAGCGAGAGAAGGAUGGGAAGGCCACUGCUCUCCCCAAACUUCCUGAGUGUUAGGGGGAGGCACUGAAACCGACAACAUUUGGGUGUAUGUGUGGCAGGUGGGGUGGGGAGGGUGGGGGGGUCUAGUCCUCCGCGGUCAGCAAGGCCACUAGGUGAUGUCUCAGGGUGACCAAUUCAGGAAGGAGCAGCACAUUUCAGAUCACAAAGAAUUAAAUGAUGAGAAGCAGCUGCUCACCUUUGCGACCAGAGAGAGCCAGACACUCCCUGCUUUAGUGGACAUGGUUUUCAGACACAGGUUUUAAAAUUAACAAUUACAGGAGUGGGAUGCUUACUGAAAAAAAAAUUUUUUAAGAAAACAAAUUAGAUACCGCUAAUUAGGUGCAUCUCUCACCCACCUUCUGUGCCCCCUUCCAGAACCCUGGUUCUCCCACAGUCCCUUAGAGGGAGGGGACGGUGUGACGUUGGCAGAGUGCUCCAGGCUCCUAUGCCCUCCCCUCUCAUUGGCCUUCAGUCUAGCCUGCCAGUGUGUGAGGGUUGUAGAAUCCCAGCUUGCUAAGAUACCACACUUGCCAAGAUACCGCAUUUGCCAAGUGUACCUGGGCAUGUAGCCCCCUGACCUUUGGGCUGUGGCUGUGUGAGUGGCUGGAAUCCAGCCGUGGGGGCUCUGGCACAGAUCUGGCAUGCUGGUCAGGGCUCAGGGAGAGGCAGCUUGAGCAGGAGGGGUGCUCUGUAGGAGGCCUCCCCACUGCUGGAAGAGGCACUGGGGCUGUGGCCUUAGGGUGGAGGGGUGAGACCCAGGUCCAAGGCUGGAGACCUGGGGUGAGGAGGUGGGUCAGCCAUGCCUCUGCCCUGGGCCCUGUGUUGGGAUACAAAGCAGAAAAAAGAUGGAUGUUCUUACCCACUCUUGUGACAGAUGACUCACUUCAGUGCCUGGUAGCAGCAGGACCUAGUGGAAGCAGCAGGGGGCCCAGCCAAGGGGGCAACCCCUGGAAGAAGUGGUAGUGGUGACCGAAGUGGAAGGGAGGCCUGUGGGGAGCAGCUGACCUGGGGAGGGGCCAUGAUGCUGGUGAGUGUGUGUAUCAGAAAAAGAAGCCUGUGCUCUGCUGAGAAGCUGGGAACCACACCUGCUGGCGCCUAGUGGGCAGCAACAGCCUGCAGAGGGGUCAUAGGAGCCACAAGCUGGCUAAUGGGAUGGCCUAGGUCACAGACAACAUGCCCGCUCUCUCUGGGACCUUCAGACUUUGCAAAAGCUGGGGUUCUGUGUCUGCCAAAUACAGCAGGGCAUGUGUCUUGCCAAAUGGAUCCCAGCUGUUGCUUACACUCGGCGCUGAGGAUUCUUGAUUAGCCUCAUGUUGGAUACUAGGUAGAUACCGCAGGUGAGGAUGGGGAAUAUUAAAGAGCUCGGCUCCCGUCUGAUUUGUUGAUGCUAAAACAUGGUUGGUAAUUAGGACAGGCAUUCUCAACCCUGGCUGCACACUGGUACCACUCGGGGAGAUUUACCAAGGACAAAUUCCUGGGUCCCACCUAGAGAUUCUAACUGACUUGGUCUGGGAGGCACCCAGACAUCAAGAUUCUGUUAAGCUGCUAAUGCACAACCAAAGUAGAGAACCACUAAGUUAGGGGAUUCAGUUGCACAUGCGUGUCAGAAAUGCUGCUCAUUUUUGUGUGUAUCAGCCGUGAACAGAUGUGACGUGAACACGUGGGAAUAGGAUCCAGGCGGGGAGAGGAGCCGCUGGAUCUUUCCAGAUGAACCCCUUAGACUUCUGGAAGGUGGAGAUGUCCACCCAGCUGCUUCCCAUGAGCACCCUUGGUUCGGCCCUUACACCUGCUGUGUUGAGUUGGGAUGCAGUUGAUCUGCUAGGCUGACAGUGAUGAAGUGAAAUAUAGCUUGUGAACCCAA